CUUCAGAGCCUACUUAAAGAUAAGCUUAUUAUAAGUGCAUCAUGGGAAAACAAAGAGACAUUUUGAAGAUACUGGCAGGGACCUUUCAGAUCCGACAUGGGCUCCUCCGCCAGGCCAUGGCCGAGUGCCUGGGAACUUUCAUUCUGGUGAUGUUUGGUUGUGGUGCAGUAGCACAGGUGGUGCUGAGCAGGGGCUCCCAUGGCACGUUCCUCACCGUCAACUUUGCUUUUGGUUUUGCCGCGACACUGGGCAUCCUAGUGAGUGGACAGAUCUCAGGUGGUCAUCUGAACCCAGUCGUGACCUUCUCACUGUGUUUGCUUGGGAGAGAGCCCUGGAGGAAGUUCCCGCUGUUCUUUUUCUUUCAGACUCUCGGUGCCUUUCUGGGUGCAGCAGUUGUAUUUGGCAUGUAUUUCGAUGCAUUAUGGGACUUUAGCCAGGGAGAGCUGAUCGUAGUGGGACGUAAUGCCACAGCUGGGAUUUUUGCCACAUAUCCAUCCCAACAUCUCUCCUUGGUUAAUGGAUUCUUUGAUCAGAUUAUUGGAACAGCUGCAUUGAUCGUGUGUAUCCUGGCCAUAGUUGAUCCGCGCAACAACCCAGUCCCUGGAGGUCUGGAGCCCUUCACUGUGGGCUUCGUGGUGUUGGUCAUCGGCCUGUCAAUGGGCUUCAACUCUGGCUAUGCCGUCAACCCAGCCCGGGACCUGGGGCCACGCAUGUUCACCGCUCUUGCAGGUUGGGGUAGAGAGGUUUUCACGGCAAACAACUACUGGUUCUUUGUGCCCAUCUGUGCCCCCUUCCUGGGUGCAGCGGUGGGGGUGCUGAUCUACCAGCUAAUGAUUGGAUACCAUUUAGAAGGAGAAGUGCAAGAAAAGCAGAAGGAGGAAGAGGAAAGGUCCAAACGAUCCAAUAUGACAACCAACGAAGAAGCAUAAGCUUUGUAUAAUGUAACCUCAGCAGGUGACAUCCUUCACUAACAACUAUAUAUUUGCUGUUUAGGAAAACUUUUCUUUCAUCAAACUGUUAAACUGACAUUAGCUUUUGGAAAGCAUGCACCAUCAAUCAAUACUCAUAGAGACAUCUAAUGAUAUCUUAUCAUAGGCAGAACAGUUCUCAGGAAAUUAUUCUUUCUGAAUUCAAUUUCACUUAACUCCAGUGAGCUAUUUCAUUUCCGCUUUAAGCAAUCCAUGCUGCGUGUCUGACAAAACAAAUGUAUCAGAUCACAGAAGAACGCUAAAGAAGAGAGUUGAAGAGGUGUUUGAAUGGCGUCCUGUUCUUUUCUAUCUGAGGUGGAAGAAGCCUCCAGAACACCAUCAAAUCAAAGUUACAUUCACCCUUGUUGUACUGCUCUUUUUUUGUUGUUGUUGUUGUAUAGUGUGACAAUAUAUCCGUAUACAGCUAAGUUAAACACAUCUUUAAAUCUUUUGUGUCAGAUUCUGAAACUGGUACAACUUCAUGUUCCCCAAACAUUUGUCUGAAAAGAACAAGACUAAUGCUGUCACUCUGUAAUUACCCUUUAAAAUGUAUUUCUUUAUAAAUGAACGUAACUAAGCUGCUUUUAGUUGACCUGCUUUGUGUAGAGUCUAUUGUUUACUACCCGGUUCAGAAUAUACACUAUAACAGUAAGAAACAUGAGAUGGUAAACACCGAUCUGGGAUAUGUUUGCUGUGUUUUCAAGUGAAAAAUAAAAGGAUGGUUCUUU